AUGGACAUGAUAUACGUCCCAGUUUUUAUCCUCCUGUUCUUGAUUUGCUUCUGCAAAUCUGAUGAUCGCCUAACACCCACAAAACCACUCUACCCCGGCGACACGCUCAUCUCAGACGGUGGCAUCUUUGCUCUUGGCUUCUUCUCCCUGAAGAACUCGAGUGCAAACUCGUACGUCGGCAUAUGGUACAACCAAAUCCCGGAGCGAACAUACGUGUGGGUCGCAAACCGCGACAGCCCAAUCACUAGCAGUUCCUCUGGUAAGUUUGUUGUGACCAACAAUUCUGAUCUUGUCUUGUUAGACUCCAAAGGAAGCACUCUUUGGACAACCUCGAACAACAUCACCUCCGAAGCCGCCGGAACUGCUGCUACACUGCUUGACACCGGGAACUUGGUCAUCCGGUUGUCCAACGGCACAGACAUAUGGCAGAGCUUUCAUUACCCAACUGACACCCUUCUCCCUAACAUGUCUGCACCGUUGAGCAGCAAAAAUAAGCUCUACAGGCCUUUUGUUGCUUGGAGGGGCCCUGAUGACCUGUCCACUGGCGACUACUCCUUGGGCAGUGACUCCAGCUUGGUUCCCCAGGUCUUCAUCUGGAAUGGGACGAGGCCGUACUGGCGCAGAGCUGCGUGGACUGGUGCACUGGUGAACAACGUGUAUCAGAGCAACACUGGCUCCUUCAUGUUCGAAACAGUUGAAAGAAGAGGGGCUGAGUUCUACAUAACAUACACCGUCUCCAAUGGCUCACCAAAUAUGCGCGCGAAGCUGCACUAUACGGGCACGGUGAAGGUCCUUACAUGGAACAGCAAGUCGUCGUCUUGGGAUGUUUUCAUGGAGUACCCCAGUCAUAGCUGUGAUAGCUAUGCUUCGUGCGGCCCAUUCGGCUACUGUGAUGGCACAGAGGCGAUUCCAACGUGCAAGUGCCUUGAUGGUUUUGAGUCUGCUGGCCGUAACUAUUCCCUAGGAUGUCGGAGAAAGAAAGAGUUGAAAUGUGAUGGUACAGAUAGUUUCAUAACUUUGCCUGGCAUGAAAACGCCUGACAAGUUCCUGUACAUCAGGAAUAGAAGCUUCGACCAAUGCGCAGAAGAAUGCAGAAGCAAGUGCUCAUGCAACGCUUACGCGUACGCCAACCUAAGCAGUCUUGGCAGUCUUGACAUGGUUGGAGACAGUUCGAGGUGCUUGGUUUGGAUGGGGGAGCUUGUUGACACAGGGAAGCCUGCUGGUGGUGUUAGUGAAAAUCUUUACCUCCGUAUUUCCAGCUCAUCCGCUAACGAAAAAAAGAUCCUUAUACUGAAGAUUGUACUCCCGGCUGUGGCUUGUAAACGCAGAAGGAAAGGUCAGAACACACAUAUGCUAAAGCACUUGAAUGCUUACAAACUUGGGAACGAAGAUACGGAACUUCCAUCUGUAGGCUUUGAAGAAAUUCUCACUGCAACAAACAACUUUUCUGCUUGCAACAUGCUUGGAAAAGGUGGUUUUGGAAAAGUGUACAAAGGAAUAUUGGAAGAUGGCAUGGAAGUUGCUGUCAAAAGGCUUAGUAUGGGUUCUGGGCAAGGGAUUGAGGAGUUCAGGAAUGAAGUAGUUCUGAUUGCCAAAUUGCAGCACCGAAACUUAGUUAGGCUUCUUGGUUACUGCAUUCAUGAAGAUGAGAAGUUACUCAUUUACGAAUACUUACCUAACAGGAGUUUGGAUGCCUUCCUUUUUGAUGCUACAAAAAAAAUUAUGCUUGAUUGGCUGAGCCGGUUCAUGGUCAUUAAAGGGAUAGCGAGAGGGCUUCUUUAUCUCCACCAAGAUUCAAGAUUAACAAUAAUUCAUCGAGAUCUCAAAGCAAGCAACAUCUUGUUGGAUGCACAAAUGAGUCCUAAAAUAUCUGAUUUUGGUAUGGCAAGGAUCUUUGGAGGAAACGAGCAACAAGCAAACACUAACCGGGUUGUUGGGACAUAUGGUUACAUGUCUCCUGAAUAUGCGAUGGAAGGCUACUUUUCUGUCAAGUCUGACACCUACAGCUUUGGGGUUCUGCUGUUGGAGAUUGUAAGCGGGUUAAGGAUUAGCUCACCCCAUCUCACCAUGGGCUUUCCAAACCUUAUAGCAUACGCAUGGAGCUUAUGGGUUGAUGGAAAUGCAAGGGAAUUGGUGGACCGGUCUGUUUUGGAGAGUUGUCCACUUGAUGAAGUUCUACGAUGUGUUCACAUAGGGCUCCUGUGUGUUCAAGACCAUCCAAAUGCUAGGCCACCCAUGUCAUCCAUUGUGUUCAUGUUAGAGAAUGAAACAGCUCUGCUUCCUGCCCCCGAGAAACCUACAUAUUUCACAAUACGGAGCCAUGAAGCUGAAGACUGGAGAAAAUAUAUGGGAAGAUCUGAGAAUAACAUGAGCAUCACGACACUGGAGGGACGUUAAAUGUUUACUUCUGCUGUUUGUUCCUUGUUUCGUAAACUGCUCACAAAUCUGCAGUUGGGUGAUUCAUGUUUGCAUACACAAACAAGUGCACCAUGAAUAGAUUGUUCUCAACUCGCGGGUCAUGUUUGUAAAUACAGUCUCCUUGAUCUGUGCACUAGCUUGAGCAUUUUCAUCUGGCAAAGUGAAGGAAGCUACCUGAACAUGUAUGUAUCGCGAACUUUUUACGUGGUUGUUUUUUCCCUAUAUAAAAUUUCUGGUUCAGGUUUUCCUUUGUCGGUCGAGUCAGUUAAAGUAGUAUGCUGAAAGCCUGGUUUUAUGGUGGACAUUUUGAAUAACAGGAGAAGCAUAUCCUUCCUCCCUUUUGGAUUUGUAAUAGUACUCACAAAUGAGUGAUAUGCUGGACAGAUGUAAUGUUCUUCUGGUACCAUUGAAAUGUUUUCAUAGAAAUUUUGAAGGAUUCAAAUUCAUAGGAUUUUUCCUACGAAGUUCCUUAGUUUGAACGAUGCAACCAAAAAUGUUUUUUUAGGGGAAAAUGGUUUUUUUAGGCUAGCAAAUGUUGUUUGGUAUGCAAGAGAGCGGAUAUGCUGCCCAUAAGCCCAUUUCUG